AUGAGAGACCAGGAGAACGGACUGCCACAGGCACACAAGCUCGCCUCAACCGCUGACUGUCCUACCACGCAACAUCCCCGCCGCCGCCGCCACCGUCGCAGGACAGGUUAGUUAAACGGUCUUCUUACUCAGCGUAGGUAUGGGUUUGACGAAUGGCAUUAAUUAGAAUCAACUGGCAGAGCGUCAGCCAGAUGCUAGUGAUUACCCCAAAUCCACAAAUCCCUCCUUUCACCUCGUCUAAUCGUAGCCCUCGGCGGCAGCCCAGUCAGCCGGAUGACUCACAAACCCCACAUCUUCUUUGAGGUUCAUCUGGGACGUCAGUAAAAUCGACAUCUCCACUCCUCACUAAUUCCCGCGAGCCAAAAUGGUGCUUCACGAGGCGAUAAUGUUCUUCGACGUGACACUCCUCCUUGCGUCCAUCUCACCGCAUUUGGUGUGCAAGGCUAUGCGCUGCGUCCUGCAUGGAAGGAAGUAUGGCAAAUCACGGGCAUGUCUUCACUGAUAUUGCCAUCAUAUCUAAGUAAUAUUACAUGCCGAUGCCUCCCGUCAUUCCGGGUAAAUUGUACACAUAUAUCUGCAUUUAUGCUGCACCAGAUAGUGCACUGACAUAUGUGUCGAUUGUUUGCUAUUUAGAGCAUAUAACUGCAUCUUCUCCUAUCGGAAUCAUUGUAGAAAGGGCAUGUUUAAGCCCAAUCCUAUUAAUGGACGCCAAGGACUGCUCGUCUGUGAUCGAUUACUGCGUCCUUUCGUCAGCGGUUUCGGCAACGACGCAUUACCUCCCUCCUCUCCAAUUGGCAACAGGGAUCACCACAUCACCCACCUGUUUGGUGCCUACGAGGAGGUUUUUUCCACCAGGAUACACUAUCUUCGCCAGGGCCUAGGAUCAAACAAUAUCCUCCUAUUUCCCGGUCCAUUCGGCUGCGUCAGAACUGAUUACAUGGACUUCCUACAGCGUCUUAACAGAAAUGAGUACGUUCCCUGGGGCGGCUUGGCACUGCGUUUUUUUACCAACUGGUGUAGAUAUAUACCUAGAUAGACGUUGUAGAAAGUCGCACGAGGAUACACCAUACAGAAGUGGCCCACUAGUCGACAACUACAAUGCGUGCACUGUUGGUACACCCUCAGGAUUGGGUAGACCAGCUGGGUAAGCGUGAAUUCGUAUACAACAGUCAUUGUUCUGUCUGCGAUUCAGGAUGCUCUGACGAAACUAGCAAAUCGGCCACACACACACAUUUAUGAUCAUCAAUGAAGGGUACGGAAGGGAGACCCUCUGUCUUGAUUAGCCAUACAUGCACUGGAUAUCGGACACAAGUCUACUAUGGAGGUGUGUCGAAUGACUCUUACAUCCAGCGGCAUAUUGAGUUGUGGAAGCGCCGUAGAAAAAUGUUGAGAAGAAGCGGAAGUGACGGCAACCAAUUCAAAGAGCAUACACAGACCGCUCAUUGAUGCGCUCGUUAGGAAAUCGUUGACUUUAAGGCACGUUUAGAGAGUGAACUGUUUUGCCUACUUUGCAACGACAGUUUGCGGAACAAGAUUCAUUACUUGCCCUAGGAACCUAUACAUGCAUGUGUGUGUGGUCUGGAGAGGUUCUCGGAUGUCACGUUUAAAAAUGUUUGCCGGGCUCGCUCUUUUGUUGAGGACGAUGACCUAGGGUAAUAAGUUUUAAAAUAUCCGAAACAAGGUUUGUUGUUUCCUCGAAUGACUUCUUCAGCAUGAACAUAUACACACGCAAGGAAGGAGAAACGUCAACGUCUGUGUUGACUGCACGUGGCCCAUGAGAACAUCUUCGUUUACAGUAGGCGAGAUUAUCUGGGAACAAAAUUACCCUUAUUGCGCACACAUUUUCGAUACGGGUUCCCCAGCUCGUUGUCAGACUUAUGGGACACACACAAAAACAGUUCACCCUUUAACCCUGUCGAACAAGCGAUUCUGCAGUUGGCUGAAGCUUGCGCCAUUGCGUGUUGAGACAGAUUUCCCAAUUUGGCCUCAAUAGACGGCAUCACAACUGGCACAUGGGAUCUUGCAGACAACCUCUGUUCUUUCAAAUGUAAUUAAUUUACCCUGGAGAGUUUUACUAGGUUUUGACACCAAAAUGACUCUCACCGAAUAGUCAUGUUCAGUUUGGAAUAAAUGAAAUAUUGAUUGUAUCAGUCAGUAUCAGUCAGUAUAUUUGGAGUAAACGACAGAGGCCAUGAAAUCUCCAUUUAGAGGGUAGAGGUAUAAAGUAAAAUAGUUAAACUGCAAAACUUCUGCUUGCAGUUUUAGUAGGGAGAAUUCAUAAAUCUAAUAAUGUAACAUAAAUGUGAAAGAGGUAUUAUAUUCGCAAAAUAAUUGCGAAAAACUUUGUUCACCGCAUUCGGACUGCGAAAAUUUCAAUAUGGGCUAGGUUUGACGCAAAAAUAGGAUCUGUUGAAAUCAUGUUAGUAGUAUAUUCAUAGUCAUUUCAAAAAUCCGUUAGUUCAGGCUUCGGCACUUUGGGUUGCCUUUCAGAUGGCGAGUAUCCAGUUGUCUCUUGAACACGUUCACGGUAGGGGAAUUAACAACAAACACGUUCCAUUGGUGAAUGACCCUCUGUGAGAAAAAGGAGUAACGUUGAUUUGUGUGGCACAGUUCCCUUUAAAGCUGGUAAUCAUGUCGUCUGAGAUAAGACUUGGGUGCCAUUUCAAAAAACGUUUCCCAGUCGACUUCCAGAUUAAGUCCUCUUACCAACUGGAACGUUGCUAUGAGGUCACCACAGUCCUGCCUGUAGUGGAGGGGAUAGAGGUUCAAGGCUGUCAGGCGCUGCUCGUACGUGAAAUGUUUGAUGCCAGGAACUGCCUUUGUAGCACGCCGUUGUACACCUUCAAGGAUAUCUAUAUCCUUCCGAAGCCACGGCCGCCAAGCCUGUACUCAUAUUCCAGUUGCGGCCGCACAAAUGUCCCGUAUACUUUGCCAAAGACAUCUGUAUUCAAGUGAAUAAACGUUCUGCGUAUCGCGCUCAUCACUGACAUUGCCCGCGCAGCGGCUUUAGAACGCCGUGUGGUGACGCUUAGAUCGUCUUUAAUGAAUACACCGAGAUCUUCUUGCACAUCUACGGUUUGAAGUGGUUGAUUGUCCAGGAUAUACUGUCGUGAGGGUGCAUUUGUUCUUCGCCUCGCUGAUACCACGGGCAUUACUGCACAUUUUGUGACGUCGAAUUUCAUGCACCAUUUAUCGCCCCAUGCGUGCAAAUUAUCUGUGUCCUCUUGUAGUAUCUUGACGUCAUCUUCAUCUUUUAUCUUUUAAGAUUGUCUGCAAAGAGCGCGAUGUCCGAUUUCACUUCCUGUACUAGGUCAUUUACAUAGAUAAUGAAUAGGAGCGCCCAAGAACUGACCCCUGUGGGACUCCACUUGUAACAGGUGCCCAUUCUGAGCAGUAGCCGCUCGCAGUGACUAUUUGUCUACGACCGUUUAGGAACUCUUGAAUCCAGUUCAGAAGAUUUCCUCUUAUCCCUACUUCGGACAACUUUUGAUCGAGGCGCUUAUGUGGGACGCAAUCAAACGCCUUGCUGAAGUCGAAGUAAAUGACAUCUACUGGAUGUCAUUCAUCCAAGGCCUUUGACCAAUGUUCGAGUGACGUAAGCAGGUUUGUGAAGCAGGACCUCUUUUCGCAGAAGCCAUGUUGGACUGAACUGAUAUAACAGCGGAAUGUAUCGAGUGAUGUAAUUGAUUUUUUAACUAACUUUUCCAUAAGUUUGCAACAAAUGCAUGUCAGACUCACCGGUCGGUAAUUGGUGGGACAUAGCCGUGAUCCUCCCUUGUGGAUAGGUACGAUGUUUGCCAACUUCCAUGUGUCAGGUAGUUUGCCAGCUUCCAGCGAUUUUUGGAAGAUUAUAGAAAGUGGUUCUGCUUAUUCUUCAGCUAGCUGACGCAGGAGUACACCUGAGAUCUCAUCUGGUCCAGGUGACUUGGCCGGAUCCAGCUUAUUUAACUCUGAUAAAACUAACUGCGGUGUAAAAAAUACUGUGCUUAUAAGUGGUUGGUUGGCGAGCUGUGGAAGAGAAUAGGACUGGUGGGGUGGUUCCGCGGUGUAGAUACUUUGGAAAAACUCGGAAAGAAGCUCGGCAUUUUGAAAGCCAUCGCUCACAAUUUGGUUAUUUUUGUCCUUUAAGGUUGCCAGAUGGUCUCGGUUUUUCGUAUUGCUCCCGAUAUAUGCAUAGAAUGCUUUAGGUUUUUGCUGCGCCUCUUCCAGGAGCUUUAGUUCAUAAGAAGCUCGUACUUCUCGGAUAAGUCAUUUGCGUAAGGUUCGUUGUUGUCUGAAUUCCUGAAGUUUUUUUGGGUGCUCCGUUUGUAAAAAAUUGUGCACAACUUGCGUUUUUUUCGGAUGUCCUUCUUAACCUAUGUUGUCAGCCAUUUCGGUUUGUUUCCGGUUGGAUGUUUCUUGAGGGGACAGUAUCGUUCAAUCAAGUCUCUCAUAGUUGAUUCGAAGGUUGUCCAGCAUUCAUUGACAUCUCCUCAUAAUGCUUCUGUCCAUAGUGUGAGUUCAAUCUCUGAUUUCAUUGCCUCAAAGAUACCCCGCCAGACAUUUCUUAACGACUUUGAGUUUCGUUAGGGGACAGCUACAAGUGUCGACUCUCACAUUAAUGUCAUGUGAUCACAAGAACCUAAUGUCUAAUAGCAUUUGGUCGAAUCCUUGUCUGUGGACCUUAACUGUCAUAAGGUCCCAGUUAAUCCGCGGAGCAUUGAAAUCUCCUACGAUAAUAAUGUUUUUCUUUCGACUGUCCUCGCGGAGUCGAGUGAUUAACGCUUGAUCUUCGUCGGCAGGUUGAUUGGGAGGCCUAUAUACAACGGUGACAGUAACGUUUUCGGCUUUUGGGACCAGCAAAUGACACAGCAGCAUCUCCAGAUCAUGCGCAUUUACACAUUCUUCAACAGGAUUAUAUUCGACCGCAUUGCUGAUAUAUAGGGCAACUCCGCCACCUCGCUUUUUUGGUUCGGUCUCGUCUUAGCACUUGAUAACCAUCUAACUGUAUUUGGGGGUCUGUGACAUCUGGGGUGAGCCACGUUUCAGUUAAUGCAAUAACAUCAGGACAUAGUUCGGCCACAAUUAUUUUACGUUCGUCGAGUUUGUUCAAGAGGCUUUGUAGAUUUCCGUAGAAGGACUUAAUUUUAUGUAGGUUAUUGCUUCGAAUUAGUUGCCCUGACGUGUGGCCUUCGUCCAGUAUGACAGGCGUCCUCCACAGGAGGGGUUUUUGUCGUCGAACAUUCACUCCGUUCAUUAUUACUAGUCCCUUCUCUCCUUGUUCUUUCAAGGUCGCCAGCUCCGCCAUCAGCGCCCUCCAUUUCAUUCUCUCUUGUACUGAGUAAUCCGGUUGAAAAAAAGACCUCUAGUAUUCGUUCAAGUAGAAGAUCCCUCUGGAGUUUACUUUCUAAAAUUAUCUUUAAAGGUCUUGGUUUCCUCCCUUGAGAGCUCGCACUAUUUUUACUGUUUAGUCGGAAAAGUUUCAGAAUCUUAAUUACUUCAUUUUCUUUUAUUAUGCUUCCCAGACACUCUUGCAAGAUCAUGAUAUCAUCAUUUAUCCUGCAUCUGGGGUUAUUGUUGGUUAAUUCACGAAGUCCAUGGACGACUAUGCAUUGUAAUCUGUCCACAGCACCUCCAUUCGACGAAUUUUGUUGGAUAAUUGGUCUGACCGAUGAUGAGGCUUCCCCAAUGUGGGCUUCAACGCUAGUUGCAUGAAUAUUCGUGCGAGUAUGUACUUCUACUCCCACUCUGGGUUCAUUUUUAUUCGGUCUUGCGUUGGUCGAUGCUCCCCUCACAUUAGGCUCGGGAGAUGCGCAUACCGUCUGGGGACUGUUUUCCUCAUUCGUCGGUCCAUCUUUAUCAUUUUCACGCUCGGCCCUCGGUUUCCUUUCUGACGAGACUUUGGAUUUUUGCGUCCUUUCCUCAUAGUCUUUUCUGUCGCCUUUUUCUCAUUCUUUACUGAUUUUAGAGGUUUCACGUCACUACUGAUACUGCUAAUGCGGGUUGUCUCGCGCUCUACUCCUCGUUACCCUGUGCGUCGAUGCUGCCAACUUAUCCCCUAUCAUGAAGGUCUGCUGGAUAAAAUUCUUCAUGUUCCUAACUUCUUCCUCUAGUUGAUUUAACUUUGAGGCUAGCGUUUGACAACCGCUGCAAUAGGUUCCCGCAUGCGUCGGUCUUAACCAGUUUGAAAGGCUUUUAGAGCGACCGCCCUGGCGUGCGGCGAUAGCGCGCGCGGGGCGGGGGGUCUGCGUCGCAAUCUUGUGCCAGUGUGGUCCCGGGUCCGACUCCACAGUGCUCGCUAUUUUGUACUACUUCGGAGUUCGACAUUCUGUGCUACUUUAGUAUACCCAACAAGAAAAAACGAUCGGGUGAGACUUUUGCCUUAUAUGCGAGACGGAAAGCCAUUGGCGUCGUUCAGGUCGUUGAGAGUCACUGUGUAAGGUGAAUAUCUUCGUCUUAAAGAGGAUCGUCGAGCAAAUACAGGAAGCAGCUGUUUAAUUCUAGGACUUUAUCGAGUACGUUCGAAAUAUGAUGCAUUCAACGAAUAAGAUUAGAAGAGUAACUCAGCCUAUGCGGGAGUUGUUCCAGAUGUUUCGAUGGAAGGAUAAUCCGAGUUUCUUGGCUCACAAACAGCAGAAAUGAGGAAUGGCUGAAGUCCGCGUCCUGCGAAUCAGCCUUUGUCGCCAAAGAAUUAUUUGACGAUUAGUCGUGACUUCCGAGUAGAGAAUUCCGGGAAUCAGGGAAUAACAAUCCACGCGUGAAUUAGUUUAGACUGGCGUGCUCCAAACACUGAAGUAGAGACGAAAACUUCGUAGCUCGGAAGACUUAAAAUUUCGAACCUCGUUUCAAACGACGCGCAAGAGGUGUUUUAUUUCAACGGUUUUAGUAAGCACAUAACACAGAGUCUGUCUAGACGGACUCUGUGUUAUGUGUAUAUAUAAAGCUUUAUAUGCAACCCAUCGAAAACACUGAAAAUCUCAAGAUAUGCAGCGAUGUGUCAAGGCGGAUCUGAAAUUCGGCGUUUUCUAGAACAAACAUAACGUCCGAAUUAGCUUUACGGACGGAAAGACCUGGCAACAUGUGCUCAUAUGGAAAAUUUAAUUUCCAUGGCUUCCCCCCUUGGCGAAUUCAAGCGAACUCCUCUUUGUCUUAAUGAACCGCGUCUGAAUAAAUGGAAAAGCGUCACGACUUCUCGGGGAACCCGCCAUAUCUGACAUUACACUAAUUCAUAAGGGAUAUUUAAAUGUAAAUUUCUCUAAAGGACAAUUUUCAAGCGUAAUUCUUCUUGUCCUGUUUAAUUUACUCGUUUUUUGUAUGGACAGCCAUACCGUACGUCUAAAAGUGGAUUUCACACGAUUGCAACCAUGUUUGACUUUUUCGGAAUUUUCUGCUUUUCUAAAAAUCAAAAUUCCUAAGCAAUCUACCAUUAUCUUUCAUUAAUAUAGGCCUAGGAUCCAUGCAUUGGUGUCGGUUUGCGAGUAAUAAGCAGUCACACACAAACACACACACACACACGACAGUUCCACCGUCGAUUUCGACGAUAUCCACCGCGUGCCCCACAGCUGCAGCAGCGGUGGGAGCAGGGACGGUGACUUGCGCAGGGGUUUAUAGUGCCAGUAGACUUCCGUAGCAUCUACCUACACUCUCCUCCUCCCCCGCCUGAGCCCGGUGUCAAGACCAAGUCAAGAAGACCGGAGACGAGGGAGGCCGCAGGUGGAUGGCUUGGACGGAUCCUCACCUUGGCGCUUCACUCCGCACCCCCAGGUUCACAAAACAAAUGACCAGGAUUUUGACCACAAAACAAUGGGGUGACGGCAGUGGUCCAGUUGUGCGACGACUGCCGACAACAGGGUCUGCCAAAGCACCCCGAAAGUGUUGGCAUUUGUUAUAGUGUGCGAUCCGAUAACGCCUGCCAGAAUCAGAUAUGGCUCCCGUGUUGGUCCAGCGCAUCUAACGCGUAUCUCGUUUGGAGGACACACAAACACAUGCGUAGAGUAGUCGUACCGUCUGUGAUGAACAAUCACUCCACCUCUCAAAUGUACUUCUGUCCGCCUUCCCCCCCCCUCCCCGCUUUAGGUUUACCGCGAUAGCCUUCGAUCCGCCGGGCUGCGGUUUCAGCACUCCCCCCGUCCGCGAUUGGAGUGAUCCCGAGGUUCUGCUGCAGGAUGCCAGAGUUGGCGUGAAUUUGAUGCGCCAGCAGGGUCAUCUGCCCUUCUCCUGCAUCGGCUGGUCAGAGGGCGCCCUGUCAGCCAUCCGAGCAGCAUCGGAGUUGAAUAUGGACGGUCAGUCACAUUUUAAGUGGCUCACUCUGCUGCUGCUGCUGGUGGUGGCGCAUUUGCUUAUUUGUUGUUCUAGAAUGCGCAUAUUGUGGACACUGUCAAAUGGCCAUUUGCGUGGCCUCAUGAUUUGAUUACCUGUACUCCUUAGACACACACACGCACACAGCGCGGUGAAUGCAACCAAACUAGUUCAAAUUUACCUCAGACUACUGUGAAAGCCUGAAAGGACACAUCAAGAAACAGCCCUUUCAGCCUGACCUUCCGUUCUGGGAAGUACCGAGGUGCCCCGUCAAGCUACCACUCCUAGUUCGUCAUGGCACAUUUAAGUGUGCCAGUUUUAUUUUAGUUUGGAAUGCUCCAGUGUCAACACCAGUCCCUCUGUUUUACCUACUCGGCCAGUAUUCCAAAUAACUCCACAAAUUACCACAUUUUAAGGGAUUUCUCCUGUCUACCGAUUUUUCACCUCAAUGGGUCACUGAAUGCUCUCCUAGACAAUUAAUUUUGCCUGAACAUGAAAGCGGAAUGAUGGGAAAUGCUAUCAUUAUUAUUUCGUGUGUGUGUGUGUGUGUGAUCAGCGUGCUACCGUCAAGUCUUUUCCAUUUGCCACCUGAUUAUUGUACGCCGACAUACGAAGGAAGCUUAAUUCAUGCAUUCAGGCUCGAUUGAGGGCCUAGUGGUCUGGGAGCUGGAGGAAGAUAUUGGCGCAGAGGACGGAUCGGGGAAUGGUGGUCAGAUUAUGGGAGGCACCCCCGGUUCGGUGGACUUCUUGCCAGACAGCCGUCGUCUUCCGCUGCAGGCUGUCUAUGGUAGAGCCUACAUGCGGGAUAGUUGGCCUGCCUACGUUGAGACGAAAGAGAUGCGACGUAUGGGUCCUGCCGAUCUCCGCUGCCUGCCGCAGCGUCUCCUCGGGAUGCCACUACUGCACAUUGCAUCCCGGCACUCUGAGGCAAGGCGAUACCAGAAUGCCACAAGUCAAUCGACUGAAUCAGCUCUCCUCGCCUGUUCGGGCUGCUGUUCAACCCUCUGGCCCGCCAGGUCUGACGCGGAUCAGAAGGCUGGCUGGCAGCUGCCACACAAGUUGCAUGCUGAUUUCUUUCAGUCCUCUGUCGAAAACUUUAUUCUUAAAUCUAUUCACUAA